AUGGUAGGUGUGUUUCCUGCUGAGGAGCAAAAUAAGGAGAGCAAAAAGAGUUUACGAACGAGUGUCAUUGGAUGGAUUUUAGAUAUUUUGCUAUGCAGGGGCGAUAUGGAAUUGACGGAAAAACUGGAAGCCGAGCCAAUUUCCAUUGGAGAACUAUUUCGGUUCGCCACUUCUCGUGACAAGUUUUUCCUAGCCUUAGGAGGUAUUUGUGCACUUUUCGGUGGUGCUAUCCAGCCAUUUGUUUUGAUCCUUGGCGGCUGGAUUACAAAUCUUUACCUUCGACCAGAGGAGAAAGUGGGAAACGAAAAGUUCCGGGAUGACGUCACCUUCUAUCUGAUUUGGCUGUGCGCAGCUGGAAUUGCAGCAUUAAUAACUUCAUUUUUGCAGUCGUUCUUCCUCCAUCGCGGUUGCCUCAGAAUCGUAGACAGAAUCCGCAGUGAAUACCUGGCUGCGGUACUACGGCAGGAUGCUGCAUGGUUUGACGACAAUCCAUCUGGAGUAAUCACCUCGCAACUGAAUGAUAAUAUUGAUCGCAUCCAAGAUGGCAUGGGUGACAAACUUGGGUUACUUAUUCGAGGAUUCUCAAUGUUCUUCUCAUCAGUAAUUGCGUGCUGUAUUAUAAGCUGGCAAAUCACGCUCAUUUCGCUUACCAUGGGACCGAUCUCGGCCAUGACAAUGGCAAUGCUUGGAAAGGUCAACGCAACCAGUAUGCGAAAAGCUAUGAAGUCUCAAGCAUUGGCCUCUACCAUAUAUGAGGAGUCAAUAAUGAAUGUAAAAACAGUGCAAUCGUGUAAUGGUCAAGAUCACAUGGUGAAGAAGUACACCAAUGCGCUGAACCAAACCCUCAGAUACACACUGCGCAGUCAUUUCUGGAUGGGAUUCUUCGAGGGACUAUCAUUUUUACAAAUAUAUGUGGUGAAUGGAGUAGCACUAUGGUUUGGCUGUUAUGGUUAUUUUAAUGGACUUGUGGACGACCGUGGAGAUGUGUUGCUCUGCGUCAAUACCGUCUGUUAUACGGCUUACUACUUAGGAAUGCUUGGUCCACAUAUGAUGACGUUGUUGAAGGCGAGAGUAUCAGCUGCUGUGAUCUACCAAACCAUUGACAGAAUUCCUAGCAACUGCAAAAAACCAGUGAGCAAAUUGAAGAAGAACAUUGGCGCUGAUGCUGUAGUAUUUGACAAUGUCACUUUUUCAUAUCCCACGAGAGAAGGAAGCGUUUUGAAUGGCCUUUCGUUGGAAGCUCAUGCGGGUGAAUCGGUUGCGCUUGUGGGACCCAGUGGGUGUGGUAAGAGCACGACGAUUGCUUUAUUAACACGACUCUAUGAAAGGAAUGAAGGCUCCAUAACCAUUGAUGGUAUAGACAUUCAAAACUUCGAGGUAUCGGCUCUAAGAAAGCGCAUCGGAAUUGUACAGCAAGAGCCACAGCUAUUCAAAGGCACAGUGAGAGAGAACAUCUCUUUGAAUCGCGAAGGCAUUGAUGAGGAGCGGAUCAAAGCAGCCACUGACGUUGCAAAUGCCACUGGAUUUAUUGAGAAGCUAGAAAACGGUUUUGACACAUUGAUUGGCUGUGAUGGUGUGAGUCUAUCUGGAGGACAGAAGCAGCGUAUAGCGAUAGCUAGAGCUAUUGUCACUAAUCCGUGCCUUCUGCUCUUAGAUGAAGCAACCAGCGCUUUAGACAUAAAUAGCGAAAAGAUCGUUCAGGCAGCUUUAGAAAAGGCGGCCGAAGGCCGGACAACAAUUACCAUUGCUCAUCGUCUUACCACUAUACAGAAUGUCAACAAGAUUUACGUUAUGAACCAUGGCAAAGUCGUUGAAGAUCCCACACCGAGCUUUUGUUACGGGCAGGAGUCUAUGCUGGUUUGGUUAAAGCCCAGCAGCUUGAGCAAACUUUCGAUUACUUCCAAAAAGUCAUCAACAGGAACAAAGCCAGUUGCUGAAAUUUUUGAAAAUGAAAAGCAGAAAGGCAAAAACUUGGAGAGAUCAAAUUUUUUCGGCGGCUUACUCAAAAUUUACCGUGAUAUGGGUGGAUCAUAUUUACUUGCAUCUGCCUCUAUAGCAGCUUCGCUUAUAAGAUCUUUGGAAUUUCCUAUGCUUGGCUUAUCUUUUUUGUGCGCAUUUGAGGCACUUCAGGCCAACAAAGACUCCUACCAGCGUUAUGCUAUUCUUGCAUUUGUGGUUUCUCUUGGUUGCGGACUCAUCAUAUGGGUGUCGCAAUGCCUGUCAUAUUUCUUUGCUGGAUGGCUAAGUGAAAGAGUUGUGGACCGAAUCAAAGUUCGUAUGUUGCAAAGACUGUUGCACAAGCCAGUUUCGUUUUUUGACAACAGUGACACCUCACCUGCUUUUUGCGUCUCUGUGAUGUCGCAACAUCCUCCAACAGCCAUGGCGGCUCUUGACUUCAGAGCGAUGAUCAAUGUUAGCAAUGUUUUUGCUAGUAUCAUUGGAGUUUCCAUCGCAUUUUCCCUCUCUUGGCAGCUUGGUUUGCUAGGAACAGCCCUGGCUUCGUUUCUGCUCAUUCUUGUUCUGCUAAAUAUUCGAAGAUCGCAUAAGUGCCAUAAAAAGAAGGAUGAAGAAGAUACAAGCUCGGAAUUAGCUGUAGAAAUAAUUGAAUUUGCACGAACGAUCCAGCUGAGUGCAGUGGAGAGUUGCUUUCUAGAAAAGUAUGCACACCUGCGACUUGCAACAGUGCAUUAUGACUAUCAGAUAGGACUCGUUGAAUCCAUAAACUUCGCUCUCGCACAGUCAUUCGUAUUCUUCUGCGAUAUGUCUUGCUAUGCUCUAGGAACGUAUCUCAUUUACACCGGACACGGCACUGAAAUGGUGUUUUUUGGAUCACUAGGAGCACAAUUUGCUGGUUGGUCCAUCAUGUAUUCUGCUCCAUAUUUCCCCGAGUUAGUCAAAGCCAACGGUGCAUCCCAGCAAUUAUAUGACAUCCUCGAUGACAAGUCUGACAGCAUACAAUUUCACGAAUUCGGAUCAGAUUUGGAGAUUUCUGGAAGUGUGAGACUCGACGAUAUACACUUCUCUUAUCCAUCUCGUCCACAAGUCAAAGUGGUAAACGGGUUAUCAUUAGCUGCUGAUUUUGGAGAGGCAAUAGCGAUAGUGGGACCAUCCGGAUGUGGCAAAAGCACUGUAAUCUCCUUACUACAAAGAUUCUACGAUGCACAGCGUGGGAUGGUUAGCAUAGAUGGAAAGAAUAUCAUAACGAUCAAUGCAAAACACCUGCGUUCUAAUCUGUCAUUAGUCGGACAGGAGCCGGUGAUAUUCAAAGGCUCAUUAUUAGAAAAUGUGCUACUUGGUGCAGAAGGCUGCUCUCGCGAAGAUGCUAUUGCCGCUUGCAGUAUGGCAAAUGCAGCCAGUUUCAUUGAGAUGCUCCCUGAGGGUUAUGAUACAGAUGUCGGCGAAAAAGGUCAUGCGUUGUCCGGCGGUCAGAAGCAGCGCAUAGCAAUCGCUCGUGCACUUGUACGUAAACCAAAGAUAUUGUUAUUGGAUGAAGCUACGAGUGCUCUUGACACAGAAAACGAAAAGAUUGUGCAACAAGCUUUGGACAAGGCAAAGACUGGUUGUACGACUAUCACCAUUGCCCAUCGAUUGAGCAGCAUACAACAUUGCGACAGAAUUUAUUACGUCGAAAAUGGUCACGUGAUUGAAAGUGGCACGCAUCUUUCGCUAAUUCAAAGACAAGGGAAGUAUGCUCAGCUCGUACAAGUACAGAAUCUAUCGUGAUAACAGCUCACUGUUUUUGAGAUUGUGCCUUACGAUUGACUGGAUUUAAGAUUGGGCAUUGUGGUUGCCUUCAUCUCCUGCGUAGAGCUGGACAAAAGUG